AUGCAAUUCAUAGGUAAAAACGAACUAUGUCAUUGCUUUGAUAAAAAAGAUAGAUGGACUGCACCACUUGGAGGUGGUAACUGCCGACCGAAAGGGGCGCGAUCUUGGGAGACACACUGUAGUGCAGACAAUCGCAUCGUCCAAUACGCUAUAUCAGCGACUUCAUCAGGUCCUUUCCAGAUGUCCGGUUAUUGGGGACCAGAGCAAGCUACGGGUAUGAGAUUUGGAAUCGGUUCAUUGCGGUGA